CCAUUUUCCACUUCCGCUGUUUGACCUGAGAACUUUUCACACCCGUCGUCCUCUUCACCGACUCUUCUCAAAUCAGUCCCGCCGAGGUUCGGCAAAUUUCCGGGUGAUCCGCAGCCCUGUGACCCACCCGAAAAGAUCCGCCCCUGCAUCAUGCUGACCACCCCGAGAGAAAUAUGUGAUUCCCAGCCGCCAAUCAACCACUCCCCCCACAAACCCCACGCAACAACCCUCCCAUCGCCACCUAGUGGGGAAAGGUGGUACUACGUCAUGGGCCAUCAAUGACACUGCGCAUGAACACUGAAAGCGGGCGGGGACGACGGACCCUGGUGGGCUUUGCCGCAUCACUGAUGAUGGGUGAUGCCGCCCACGCGACGUGACUUCGUCAUCAUGGCUUCCUGUCAUGAAGCCGAGAGCGCCACCUAGAGGGAGGACAUGUAGGUCUUCCAAAACCUGCAAUGAGGCGCUGGCACUGCAAUCCUUUUCAUGUCCACACCCAAGGUUGAGUACAUACUGCCAAUAAAAAAUACAACAAUAAACUUACACAUGAUUGAUAACAAACAGCGGGAAGUCAUAAAGCUGAACUCCUCUUCGGCGUCUUUAAGAGCUGACACAUUGUCACGUCUCAAAUCUUCAGGUGAGCACACUCAGGAAGGAAUAAAAUGGGAUCCUACUGUGUUCUUGUGUUAGCGCUUUGUGCGGCACAAACAUUGUGCGUCACCAUCGAGUCGGUGCCCGGCGUGGACGGCGAGGGAGUCAUCCUGACCGAACUGGAGCAAACCGUUUCGCUGGUGUGUUCCAGCAACCGAUCCGAGGAUGACGGAGCGGAACUGGUGUGGCUGAGGAACGGCGCCACGGUGAUUCUCCGCCAAGGAAACCGCAAGGGACAAAGUGCCGUGUGCAUCAUGCCAGUCAUCCACCAGGACAACGGCGCCACCUUCACCUGCCGCCUGAGCAGCAACGCCAGCGUUGAGGCUUCCGUCACCCUCAAUGUCACAUAUGCGCCUACACCGUCGGGAUCCGAGGGCGUAUUAGUGGAGGAUGCCUCAUCGCUGGUGCUGAGCUGUGACAUUUUCGCCAACCCGCCCAUCUCCUCGGUGCGGUGGACCCUUAACGGCAGCGCUAUCGAUAUAAUCGCAGGGGGCUUCACCCUGACCAACGACGGCUUCACGAGCCGGCUAUCCGCCGACAAGGCGGAGAAGAGUAAGCAUGAGGGCCUCUACCGCUGCACGGUGGACUCGCCCGUCUACGGAAUCAAGAGCAAGGACUUCCUGGUUACUGUCACAGAAAAGACCGUCAAGUUUCCACUGAUGCCCAUCAUUGCCGGCGUGGUUGUGGUGUGCCUUACGGCGAUCCUCGCCAUUGUUUCACGCUGGGAGAGAAUCAUCAAGUGCUGCAAGUGAAGGAUCGUCUGCGGUCGGUUAGCUUAGCGCUAAGACUAAGAGAACCAGCCAUUUAACCAAGUCAUUUCGUAGCUCUCCACUUGGCUGCUCGUUUCCAUGACAACAGGAAGGAGCCCUUGCCCUUAAUUAGCUUUGCGUGAAGCUAAGGCUAAGAUACCCGACAAAUUAAACGACUCCUGAUGUAGCCCUCUGUGAGGAUGCCUGAAGCUGUUGUGUAAUGCGUUAUUAUAUAUAAAGUUGUAUUGUAAUUUAUU